UUUUAACAGACAAACAUGAAUGUCACCAAGUUGAAUCAUUGCUUGUUUUAUUUCCUUCUGGUGUGUAAUUUGGAGAAUGGAAUAUCGGAGUCUGGAUGUAGCAACAAACAGAACAAGGAGUUGUUAUCACGUCUGUCAUCAAAGUUGACUUACAUAGCUGCCGAAAUACAAGAAACAUAUUCUCUUUUAAAGAAUAUGUCGAUAUCAGGACUUCAGAGAGACUACCUAGCGUUGUUGAAAACAGGGAGUACGCAGAGUGGAGUAUACAAUGUAUCUGUGACAGGAACGGACACGACCUCGGUUUGGUGUGAUAUGGAAACAGAUGGUGGAGGUUGGACGGUAUUUCAGAGACGUAUAGAUGGCGCCACCGACUUCUAUAAAGGAUGGGAAGAAUACAGAAACGGCUUUGGUGACGUUAACCAUGAGUUUUGGUUAGGAAAUGACAAAUUACACGCACUCACGUCAGCAGAUAAUACUGAACUGAGAGUUGAUAUUGAGGAUUUCGAAAAUAACACUGCAUAUGCCCAAUACCAACAGUUCGCCAUUUGGAACAUCAUGGUUAACUAUCGACUGAACAUAUCGGGCUAUUCAGGAAACGCAGGGGAUUCUUUGAAGAGACAUAACGGCUAUCCGUUCAGCACAAUAGAUAAAGAUAAAGAUAAUAUAAUUGGCAACUGUGCUGUUCUAUAUCACGGUGCCUGGUGGUACGAAAAGUGUCAUGUAUCCAACCUGAACGGGCUCUACCUAUCCGGCAGAACUUCUAUAUAUGCCAAAGGAAUAACAUGGCAUAGCUGGAAGGGAUAUUACUAUUCACUGAAAAGUACAAAAAUGAUGAUUCGAAGGUUGACCAAAACAUAGUGUUAAAUAUGUAGUUCUACCACGUUUGCGAUGUAACGACACUUUUCAUUGGUUAAUAACCAUGAGUUAUUGGGCGAUAGACCAUGCGCGAGCGUACAUUUUUGUCCAACAGAUCAACGCUCUUCAAAUAGACCUCCCUUGUACAUGUACCGAUAAUUAAACAAGUCGCGGGACUGCUUUAAUUUGUCUAAUGAAGGUACCCGCAUUUAGUUUUGUAUGUAUUUGAAAAUUUGCUAGCGAGAAAACUCUAUCUUACAUCUAGAUCUAUGAUGAAACACAGACUGUGAAUAGGCGUGUAAAUAUACAUGUUAAGACAUACAUUCAGAUAUUAUAUAAACAGAGUACCAAUUACAAUAAAGUAAAUUUUCAACACAAUAAACCAAAAAAUGUAACAAACCUACACUCGGGCAUCACGUUUACCAUCACAAAUAUAUACAACCAGACCACAAAUGCGAUUACUAGCUGGACUUCGACAGCAUUUGUAUCAAUGGCUAGUGUCUCCUGGCUAAAAAAAUAGCCAUUUAAAACGGAUGGUUUGAAUAUAAAUAAUCAUGUAUAAAUUGCACAUCAAUAUUAUCUCAAACAAACUUUUCAUUAAUGUUACAUUAUCAAUGUUUUCAUACAUUUGUUGAAGUAUUUGGGGCAUUCGAUGUUAAAUAAUUCCUAUAUCAUACCGUAGUACAUGUUAAAUGGUUCCUAUAUCAUACUGUAGUACAUGUUAAAUAGUUCC